AUGUCGACUCAUGGACGCGGUCGCGGGCGAGGUAGAGGUAGGAUAGGCACCGUUACUCCUGGCCCGGCAGGAAAUGAUCCAGUAGACUUCAUGGCUGCACUGGGAAAUAUGGCUGCGGCUAUGCAGGCGACAGCCGAGGCACUGGAUAAUCAGAUAAACCAGGAUAAUCACAGAAACAAUAAUGAUGAGGACGGUCCCAUGACACUUGCUACAUUUCUGAAAGUUCACCCUCCGACCUUCAGGGGAACCUCAAAUCUCACUGAUGCAGACAAUUGGAUUCAGGCUAUGGAACGGGCACUGCAGGCUCAGCAGGUUCCUGAGGAGCAAUGGGUUGAGUUUGGAACUUAUCAGUUGCAGGGUGAGGCUCAGUAUUGGUGGCAGGGGACACGACGUAUCCUGCAGCCAGAUGGCACUGUGGCUCCUUGGGAGGUUUUCCGAACAGAGUUCUAUAAGAAAUACUUUCCUAAUUCAGUCAGAAAUGCCAAGGAACUUGAACUGAUGCAGUUAAAGCAGGGACAAAUGACUGUUACUGAGUAUACUAGUAGGUUUGAGGAGUUAUGUCGCUUUUCUCGUAUCUGUCAAGGUGCGCCUGAAGAUUUUGCUGAGUGGAAAUGUAUUAAGUAUGAAGGAGGUAUUCGAAGUGAUAUUCUGAGCUUCGUUGCACCAAUGGAGAUCAGAGUGUUUUCGGAACUGGUAAACAAAAGUAGAGUUGCUGAGGAUUGUCUGAGAAAGGCAACAACAGAUAAGAGUGAUCAACGAAUUUUUGUUAGGAGAGAUCAGGGAAGGAACUUCGCCCCUAGAGGACAAGAUUUUAAGCGAGGCGGUUACACCCCACAACCAUAUUUGGGCCAGAAUAACUUCUAG